AUGGGUCUUUCGCGGUCGCUCUUCGUCGCGGUCUCCGCGCUAUGCCUUGCAUUUCCGACGGAGGCCGCUGGGGGUUCAUCGGAGUUGCAGAGUAUCCUGAGAAACACUCACAAGAGCUCGGCGUACAGUUAUCCAACUGAUUUCACCAGGGGUAUUUUGCCUAUCCCUGUGCACUCCCACAACGACUACUGGAGGGAUGUGCCCUUUUACACAGCACUCUCAAACGGAUGCAUCUCAGUAGAAGCCGACGUGUGGCUGUACAAUGGCACUCUAUAUAUUGGUCAUGACGAAUCGUCGUUGACUGAGGAGCGCACGUUCGAAUCCCUGUACAUCAAUCCAAUCUUGGACGUGCUUGAGCGUCAGAACCCCCAGAGCAAGUUCUUAACAGCUCCGACAAAGAACGGUGUGUUCGAUGCCUCUACUGGCCAAACGCUCUACCUAUGGGUCGAUUCGAAGACCUCUGGCCCUGAAACUUUUGAAGCCGUUAUUGCUGCACUGGAACCUCUCCGCCAGAAAGGCUAUUUGACAACCGUCAAGAACAACGAGACCCUCACUGAGGGUCCGGUCACUGUCAUUGGAACUGGCAACACUCCCUACGACAUGGUUGGUCCUGUCGCCGACCGCGACUACUUCUACGAUGCACCCCUAGCCACCAUGAACGAGACCGCGAAUGCUGGAAUUACUCCCCUUAUCUCGCCGAUCGCAUCGACCAGUUUCUCCUCUGCAAUUGGUGAGCUCAGUCUCGGAGAGCCUAACGCCGUUCUUAGCGAAGAUCAGCUCGGCACUCUUCGAUCGCAGAUUGCUUUCGCCAAAGAGAAGGGCAUUCUCGCCAGAUAUUGGGGUGCUCCCUCUUACCCUAUCCGGGCCCGCAACAUCCUUUGGACGACGCUGCUUAACGAGGGCGUUGGUCUGCUAAACGCCGAUGACCUGGCUGCUGCGGCGGAAUACUUUUAA